UACACAUAGUACCUGUCCGGUUGGGACCUACCAAGGACACUAUCUAGACAUGUUGUACCUGCCACCGUACUGUCUGUUGACUAUGUUUAACUUUUUACAAAUCAAGGAAGGCAAAUCCACCUGUUCAAGGAAAAAAGCUUAAGAAAAAUUGAAGUUAAAGCUGUGAAAAUUGCUAAGGAAAUUCUCCUUCACGUUAGCAAGUAGAAGUUUCAAUCUGGGGUUUUAACUUUGAGGCGGAGUCCGGUCAUGUUUGUUGGGCUAUGUUUGGUUUGCGUGAAUCUGUUAUGUUUGCAAACAUGGAAUAUGAGAUGGUUUUCGCUGGUGUUAUUAAUGAUGAGUUGGGUGCCUCUAUAACUGUCUGUAAAUGGCGAAUGUGAGGUGGGUUUCUUGUGAAUUAGGUAUUGAUGAUUUGGAUUUGUGUGUGAAUCAGAAGGGUGAGGUGGGCGUAAGAGGAAUUUGGAUUUUAUUGUUCAGAAGGUUGGUGGUGAUUCAUUCUGCAAUGAGAUGGGUGUCUGAUAAACAUUUCAUCGGCCUGUUGAAUGAUGUCUUUCUAUGCAAGGUUUGAAUUCCAAAGCCUAAUAUGGGAGGUAACAUUUAAUAAAUGUGGGUUUUAGCAUUGAAAUGUGUGACAUCUUAAUAAGUACGGGUCGGUAUCUGGAUCCUUAGCCUUGUGAGAAAGCCUGAAUCCUGGUUUUUUAAGUCAAAAGAGAAGUGGGUAUAUCAGAUAUAUACAAAACCCGAGGCAACUGAAAAUAUCCGAAAUUUUAUGUGCAUCACCAUCUCGGAUUCUGAGAGAUAAGGAUAAGUUUGCAUUAGACACCUGGAUUACCAGGUAUUUUGUCCAGUCCUUCAAAGUUUGUGAAUUAGAGAUAUUCUAGUUAACUGUGAAUUAGCAAUUCAAUUCUGAGACUCCCAGAGAACUACAGCUAAGGUUUUGUGUUUUUGAUUGUUGGGUAGAUAUAAGUUGGAACCAUAAAGAGUCGGGAGGAUAUCAUGUUUCAUUUGGGGGAGACGUGGCUUUGAAACACGAGAGAUUGGGAAGAAUCUGUGUUUUCAGUGGUGAAUAAAUAUCUUUGAAUCAUGAUGAGUUUUGGGAAGAGAGUUGGGUCUUUCUCAUAUAUCAUAAGCUACUCUGCAAGUUAAAUACAAUUAAGUUCACAGUUCUGACAUCUUAGACCUAAAAAGCACCUUUUCUCCCCAUUCAAGCUCUAAGCCUUACGAGCCUCAAAUAUAAAUUUGAUUGUUGCCACAGCGGGCAUGGUGGAUGUGUGUAAUUGAGUUGGUCUUUAAACCAAUCAUUUUCUUCUAGCCAAGUUUUUCUUUGAUUCCUGUACUGUCUCAAAUAAUGCAUUCAUUAUCUGCUGGUAAUAUUUCUUUAGAAUAUACAAUUGUAGUUGGCUUUCACAGAAUGUUUCAGGUCCGACAUGACUUUAUGCCCCUAUUAGUUUAUGUCCCAGCAACCCCAGUUCCAACUUCUGUACAUUCAUAGCAGCUAAUAAAGUUGCUGAGAGGUUUUGCAGAAGACUUAAAAUUACGAUUGACGUUUACAUUUGUAAAAUGAGGUUUUGGGUUCUCUAUAAAUCUCAUAACAACAUAUUUGGGAUUACCCAAAAAGCCAAUCUGAAAUAGAGUGGAUUCAUAAAUAGUUACAUUGAGCUAUAGAUAAAGAUUGAUUAUCCCCAGGUAGUAUAGCGAUUUGAUUUUAUCCGUGGUGUCUCAGAUGUUUGGUUCACGCAUUGCUUUUGAAUCGGGAAAUCUUUAAUCGCAGGUUUAUAAUUUCAAUCCCUUGCAAUGAAGAGAGCGGCUGUCCAGUGUAGCUCAAUCAUGGGUAUCCUGGAUGAUGAGAUCCUUGUAACUAUUCUUGACAAACUACAGGAUUCCACAGACAGAAAGUCAUGGUGCCUAGUCAGCAAACGUUUUUUCUUUUUGGAAGCAAGGUCUAGGAAGGAAGUACAGAUAAUGAGAUCAGAGUUGCUACCCAGGAUUUUGCAACGAUACAGCAAGAUUCAGCAUUUAGAUCUAUCCCUUUGUUCCCAGAUCACAGAUGAAAGUUUAGGGCGUGUGGCUCGCAUCAUUGGGAAUCAUUUACUUUCCAUCAACCUCUCAAAUUUGAGGACUUUCACUCACUUGGGUAUAGCACAGCUGGUUGAAAGUUGUCAAUCUUUGGUUGAGGUUGAUCUUUCCAAUUGCACUGAAUUCACAGAUUAUGCAGCUGAAGCUAUAGCACAUGCUCAGAACUUGCAAUCGUUGAAGCUAGUGAAAUGCAAACAAAUCAGUGACAUGGGUCUUGGAUGCAUAGCUGUUGGAUGCAGGAAGUUGCACACUCUGAGUCUUAAGUGGUGUGUAGGGGUCACAGAUCUUGGAGUUCAGCUGGUUGCUGUCAAAUGCAAGGAGCUGCGGAAUCUUGAUAUUUCUUACUUACAGAUAACCAACAAAUGUCUUGAAUCUCUUACAUGUCUGAGUCAUCUUGAGAACUUAGCAUUGGUUGGAUGUGUCAGAGUGGGUGAUGAAGGCCUUAUUUAUCUCAGGAACAAAUCUUUACAGGGACUGGAUGUUUCAAAGUGUCGCAAUAUCAGCUCUACUGGAAUAGUCAAUCUUGCAAGUGUUUCCCCAGAGUUGCGCCAACUUACUCUUGCCUAUUGUAUACCAAUUACAAGCGAUCUUGCAAGCUCUCAAACUUUUAAGAGACUGCAAAUAAUCAAAUUUGACGGUUGUAAAAUUUCUAGCACUGCACUGGAGUCUUUUGGUAGGAGCUGCAAACAUUUGAGGGAAUUGAGCUUAAGCAAGUGCAUUGGAGUCACAGAUGAAGAAUUGAAAAGAUUUUUGGCAUACUGUAUAGAGCUGAACAAAUUAGAUCUUACGUGCUGCCAUGAUCUAACUGAUGUUGCUUUAUUAGCUGUUGCAAGAUCAUGUAGACAUCUUUCAUCUCUUAAGAUCGAAUCUUGUCACUUGGUUACAGAAAAGAGUUUGACAAUGCUAGGGCCGGGGUGUCCUUUUCUGCAAGAACUUGACCUUACUGACUGCAGUGUAAACAACACAGGAUUGGAAUCCCUUGCUAGGUGCUCUGAAUUAACCACUUUGAAGCUAGGAUUCUGCCCAAAUAUAUCUGAUGAGGGGAUCAUCCAUAUAGGCGCACGUUGCUCAAAUCUCCAAGAACUUGAUCUGUACAGAUCUACAGGUGUUGGUGAUGCUGGAAUUGCAGUAAUCUCUAACAGUUGCCCAGGGUUAAAGAGCAUAAACCUUUCUUACUGCACACAUGUUAGUGAUGAUUCUCUGAAGUCUAUCUCACAACUGCAUAAACUUCAUAACCUUGAAAUCCGAGGUUGCUCUGGUAUUUCAUCUACUGGUCUUUCAGCAAUUGCUUUAGGAUGCAAGCGCAUUGCUGAAUUAGAUAUCAAAAGGUGCUACAAUGUGGAUGAUGCUGGGAUAUUGGCGAUAGCAAAUUCAUGUCGGAACUUACGACAGGUAAAUCUUUCAUAUUGUCCAGUCUCAGAUGUUGGAUUGUCAGCAUUGGCAAGCCUUCUUUGCUUACAGAAUGCAAAGUUGGUUCAUUUGAGGAAUGUAACUAUUAAUGGCUUUAUUUCUACUCUGUUGGCUUGCAAGAGUUUAAAGAAACUAAAGCUUCUUGAAUUCUUAAAGUUUAAAUUACCACGUCCUCUAAUUAAGCACUUAGAAGCCCACGGGUGCACUAUUCGCUGGAUGGAUAAACCUUUUGUGAUGUAACAUUCUCAUUUUAAAGGAUUUCCCAACAAUCCAACAUUUUCAACAAAUGUAUUAUUAUAUUUUAGAGUUCCUUUUUAGCAGUGCCAUGCUUGAUCUGAGGGAAUUUGUGCACAUGAAUGUUCCUGGCAUUCAGAAACUUUGUGGUGUUCGAUAACUACACAGAAUUUCAGAUACAAUACAUCUUCUGCAUGAAUUAUGGCAGCUGCCAAGGAUUCCUGCAGGUUUCGUUUUCUCUUCUCUGUUUACUCAAUUGGUGAUAAACCAAAAUCAUGUUUGAUUUCUGGAGAUUGUGUUUCUUGUCUGUCAUGCUCUGGUGAAAUAAGCUGUAUCUAUGUAAAAACAUUUCAAGUCUUUUUGGAACACCAUUCCUGCAAGGGUUUGGUCAUGGCAGUUAAUAAAUAAAAACAAUAUUUUCUUU